AUGGCAACAUUAAAAGGAAGCUUAUUAGAACAGGAUGGGGAAAUGAAAGCAGUGAGAAACAGCAAUGCUGAAGUAAUGAAAGAAAUAAAAGAUCUGAAAGAAAAUCUUUCCAAAGUGAACAAAGACGUGGACAAAGUCAAAGUCAUGAUGAGUCAAAUGUUAGAGAAGUAUGAUAUGCUUGAUCAUGAACUGCUCAGUAAACUUGGCUCUCCAACAACCGAGGGAAUAUUCAAUACAGGUAGCCGUAAGGAAAAUAUUUCGAUUGUAGGUGGACGGGAUGCGGGUCAUACUGAUACAGAAAUAUUUUCCUGGGAGAAAAAUG